AUGAUGUCCACAAAGUCUAUCGAUCGUUUUGGCGCCAUGGAGUUGACACCGCGCCACGAUCAGCCGCUUUUAGUACCCGGUUCGGCCGAGCUUGACGCCAUGGCGGCACCUUGCGUCAUCUCUCUACGCGUCGUGUCUGCUGUCGAUCUUCGACCCAUGCACAAGGGCAUUACAAGUCACUCUAUGGUGGAGGUCUCAUUAGUGCAUCAUGCCAGCCCGGAUCGGUUUCAGCGUAGCGCCGGAUGGGACGACGACCUCAAGACAUUGUCGGGACUGCAGCUCCGAAACAGCUUGUCGUCACUGCCAGCUGGAGGUCAUCAUCAUGGAAUAGUGAAAAAAACCUUUAAAUCCCGAGUGAUCAAAAGUUCUCUUAACCCUAUGUGGAAGUUUGACGUUGACUUUGGAGACGUUGACACUGACGAAGUCGCGGGAGUGCUUUUUACAGUGCGGCACGUGGGAAAAUUUGGUCUAGUCAAAACUGACAUGGGCGAAGUAAUGUUGUCAUUAAGAGAUAUUAUGGAGCUCAAGAUGCAACCGCAGCAGGAAAACGAGUAUUACCUGCAUCAAACAGAGCAAAUGAUUCGCCGAGACGCUUUGGAUGGUAUCAACAAUCGUAAGUCUGGUAAGCUAUUGGUUCGAUUUAACGGUUACGGUGUUCCGUCUAGUUACAAUGCGAAGACGAACGGCCGCGUUUCGAACAUGUUCAACACGCUCGUGACUCACGAGGACGAGUUUGGUCGCAGCUCUAAGUCCCUUGUGGUACAUGAUAUUCGAUCCGAAGUGCGCAUUCUCCAGAGUCUUCACCAGACGAAUCCGAGCCCUGGUGAGACAUGGUUUGCUCUUCAUGCGGACUGGAUUCGUGCCUGGCUCCUUUUUGUUUCGAAGUACAAAGGCGAAGAGGUCCACAGUCCAGGAAUUAUGGACAACAUGCCACUUAUAUCGGACGAUCUGAUGAAUGGAACGUUUCAGAUUAAACCCCACCUCGUCAUCAAAAAAGAUUUUCGAAUGAUAAAUAGGAAAAGCUGGGACUAUUAUCACAGUAUUUACGGUGGAGGUCCAGCCAUAGAGGUGCAAAUUCCAGCUAAUUGUGCCAAGCCAGCCCAGUGGUUAGCGUCUUUACAUCUAAAUGAAGUUGGACGUGUGAAUUCCAACUACGUCGACUUUGACUAA